AUGUUGGAGGACGAGCCUAUAAAUAAUCCACCAUCGAAUCACGCGUGUUACAAACGUUUCCGGAGAAGAAUUUGUCGGGGUCACGGAAGUGAUGGAGCACCGCUGGCCAGUACUCCGUUAGCCACUGGGCGGUGCUGUUCUCCCUGCUAUGAGUUUGACACAGUCCGUCAAAGGUUGGCCAUGGACUCUCCACCGAGGGAUUCAACAACCGAAACAACACAAGACGUCACAAAUAAAAGUCUGCAAGAAUGGAACCAAAAUGGCGGCACUCACCUCCAGCCCUUUGCAGUACUGAGUCGAGAGUCUCUUGAGCCACAGAGCAAGGCGGCCAUGAAAUUAGCUGCUCCCUCGCUGCUCAACGACUACUACUCAAACCUCCUGGCCUGUAGCUGCACUGGUUUGAUCGCCCUGGCCCUGGGCUCCGACGUCUAUCUGUGGAACUCAGAAACACAGUCCCUGGAGGGGCACGUGCAUCCAGCACAAGGCUCAGCCCCACACAGCCUGCCUGGGAGGGCCGGUCGGCCGAGGCAGGCCGUCUCCUCUCUCUGCUGGAGUGUAGACGGCAGACUGCUAAGCAUCGGGACCAGGCAGGGGCUGAUACAGGUUCAGCUGUGGGAUGUAGAGACAAAGAUCACCCUGGGGUGUUUGAGGCCGCAUCUGUCCGGGGUGGGCGCGCUUUCCUGGAAGCAGAACCUUCUCAGCAGUGGGUCUGUUCUGGGACGCAUCCACCACCACGACCUGCGGGUCCCCUCUGCCCUGGUGGGCGCGGCGGACCAGCAGGCCGGCGUGUGCAGCCUGCAGUGGUCCCCCGGAGAGGACCGGCUGGCCAGCGGCUCCAAGGACGGCCGUCUCUCCGUCUGGGACGGGGACGUCGCGGCGGCGGCGGCGAGCCAGACGGCCAAGCCGCUGCGACCUCCCCUGGUGACGAUGAAGCAGCCCAGCGCCGUCAAGGCGAUGGGAUGGUGUCCGUGGCAACGGCAUGUGAUUGCUACAGGAGGAGGCUGGCGGGACGGAGAGCUGAGAAUAUGGGACACCCAAUCAGCCUCAUGCGUCAACUCUUACGCAACAAACUCCCAGAUCUGUUCCCUGCUGUGGGCGGAGGAGAAGAGGUCACUGGUGUGUGGUCACGGUCUCCCCCACCACAACAUCAGCUGCUGGGCUGCUGACAAUCCAACCUCCCUGGACAGGAGCCACCAGCUGAAAGGUCACACAGACCGAGUCCUGCACUUGGCCAUGAGUCCAGCCUCUGCUUCCAGGCUUUUCUCUGCCGGAGCAGACAAACGUGUUCACGUCUGGAGCCUGUAGACCUCCACUAGGCACACAGCUCUUCCCCUGAGGGGAGAGCUCACUGUCGAGGAGGCAGACCUCAAACUGCAUGGCACUACUGGGCCUUCUGUUGACACAAGUACUUUAUUAUUGGAGCUGAC